AUGUCAAAGACUGUGGAUCUGGGAUAUUAUGAAGAUUAUAUCCAUUCAAAUGAGAUUAUUUAUCGAGAUUUAAAACUGGAAAACGUUGUGCUUGAUUUGGAUGGUCAUAUUCAAUUGGUAGACUUCGGAUUCGCGAAGAGACUCGCUGAUGACGAUCGUACGAGAACAAUAUGCGGUACAUUACAGGUAUUCUAUUCUGCAUACACUUAUACGUAG